CGAUAUAUCGAUAUGUAUAUAUUUUGCCCCAAAUGUCGCCGAGCUACAUAAUUGUUUAAUAAACAAUUAAUCACUAAUAUAAACAAAAUAGUGCGUGCGAUAUUCUAUGUAAUUGUACGUAUCUUCAAUUGAUUCGCUUGCAACUAGUCUGCGCUGCACGCUAGAGCCACAACGCAAAGGAGAUUGAGAUUCGCAACGCAAUCAAAAAAAUUCCAUAAAACGGAAAAUAACAUACGCUGCCAGAGAGUGAGCGGACAGAGGGAGGGGGCCGCGCGCAUAGCCCAAAGGUGGUUAACAGCAGCAGCAGCAAGAGAAGCAACAAAAAUAAUAACAACAACAACAACAACAACACGACAAGCGAGACCUUGAAAACUUUAAAGAAAUAGCAACAAAAAGAACUCAAAAUUAUUAACGAAAAACGCAAACAGAGCCGAGUGCAGAGAGGCAACGGCAACGGCAUCGGCAUCGGCCGCUAAGUUAUGGAGAGUGACAAUUUUCCGCAGCGCGCCAAUUAAAAAUAAUAAUAGGAAGAAACUAAUAAUACAAAUAAACUAAAACACCAAAUGCAUGGAGAAAAGCGAAUUGGGAAGCCGUUUAACACGUAAACGUAAGAAUCAAAAUCAAAACAAGCUAACGAUUUACAUCCAUAACAAAAGCAGCGCCUACACUCACACACACGCACACACAGACACACACACACACCCAACACAAACACAAACACAAACACAAACACAAUGGCAGCAGUAGUUGCAGCCACGGCAAACGGCAGCGGCGGCGGCAGCGGCAGCGGCUGCGUCGCAGUUAUGACAGUAUCCGUCGCCGAUAGUGAGACAAGCGACGCCAGCGGCGCUUCAAAUGGACGGGAGGCGCGCAACCUAGCCGAGAAGCAGCGGCGGGACAAGCUCAAUGCCAGCAUACAGGAGCUGGCCACAAUGGUGCCGCAUGCGGCCGAAUCAACGCGGCGACUGGAUAAGACCGCGGUGCUGCGCUUUGCCACACACGGCCUCAGGCUACAGUACGUAUUUGGCAAGUCGGCGACACGACGUCGACGCAGGCUGAAUGUGAAGGGCGCCGGCAGAGGUGGAGAUUCUAGCGGAAGUGGAGGCAAUGGUAACGGUGUCAUCGCCGGCGAUACGCCGCUAUUAACGGAUACGUUGAUGCAGUUGCUCGACAGCUUUUUUCUCACCCUCACUUGCAAUGGGCAGAUAGUGCUUGUGUCUGGGAGCGUGGAACAGCUGCUGGGCCAUUGCCAGUCGGAUUUAUAUGGACAGAAUCUGCUGCAGAUAACGCAUCCCGAUGAUCAGGCGUUGUUGCGUCAACAGCUAAUACCACGUGACAUCGAGACGCUCUUUUAUCAGCAACGACGUAAACAGCACUCGCAGUCGCACUCACAGUCGCAGUCAACGUCGGCCAGCGAUGAUGAUGACAAUGAUGAUGGUGAUGAUGAACUGGAGCAGGAUCUGGAGCGUACACGCACGCCCAGCCCCCAAACUAUCGCCCAUAUGGCCGCCAUCGAUGAGCGUCUGCGUGCCGAUCGACGUUGCUUCACGGUGCGGCUGGCCCGUGCUUCGACCCGGGCCGAGGCGACGCGUCACUAUGAGGUGGUCAAAAUUGACGGUUGUUUUCGGCGCAGCGACUCAUCGGUUACGGGUGGGGCGGCCGCCAAUUAUCCAAUCGUAUCGCAGCUGAUAAGGCGCUCGCGUAAUAACAAUAUGCUAGCCGCCGCCGCAGCAGCAGCGGCAGCAGGCACGGUGCCAGCAUCGACGACAUCAGCAGCGACAUUGACGCCGCCCUGCCUGCCGCAACACGAUGCGAUCGCCCAGGCGGCGCUGCACGGCAUCAGCGGCAACGACAUCGUCCUGGUGGCCAUGGCACGCGUAAUGCGUGAGGAGUCCAACUGCCUGAGCCUCCUGUGCCGCCAGCCGGAGCCGUAUCAGCUGGAGUACCGCACGCGACAUCUCAUCGACGGCAGCAUCAUUGACUGUGAUCAGCGCAUUGGCAUCGUGGCGGGCUACAUGAAGGAUGAGGUUCGCAACUUGAGCCCGUUCAGCUUUAUGCAUUUGGAUGAUGUGCGCUGGGUAAUUGUCGCGCUUAGACAAAUGUAUGACUGCAAUAGCGAUUAUGGUGAGAGCUGCUAUCGCCUGUUGUCCCGGAAUGGUCACUUCAUAUACCUGCAAUCGAAGGGUUUCCUUGAGGUUGACAAGAGCAGCAACAAGGUGCACUCGUUUCUGUGUGUCAAUACGCUGCUGGACGAGCAGGCCGGCAAGCGGAAGGUGCAGGAGAUGAAGAACAAAUUCUCGACCAUUAUCAAGGCCGAUAUACCUACGCAUACCAGUCCCGAUCUGCCUGCAUCGAGGGCGCCACAACAGCUGGAGCGCAUUGUGCUGUAUCUAAUUGAGAAUCUGCAAAAGAGCGCGAAUAGUGCCGGUGUUAAUGGCAGUGCGGAUUCGUCGAAUGGUGAUGUCAACAUGGAUACCAUGGAAGAUAUCUGCUGCAGUUCGCCCGCCUCGAGCAACACGACACUGACAUUGGACGAACAGGCGCCAUCGCCGGCCCAGUUGGCUUUAGUACCGCCGGCCCCAGGUCACGUCAAGAACUCAAUAUCCAAAUCAGUCAAUGUCGUUAACGUGACAUCGGCGCGCAAUCUUCAGUACCAGCAGCAGCAGCAGCAGCAAAAGCUGCAGCAGGAGCAACGGGAGCGAGGCGAAGCCAAUGGCGGCGUCAUACGCCAGUUGAGCUAUAGCUUAAGUGAAAGCUCCACAUUGUCGCCGGCGAGUGCGAGCAGCCUGGAGCUACCGGACGACGCAAAUAGUAAUGCAUCCCCGCCACCAGCAGCAACGCCGCGCGUCAGUGUGCUGCAGAGGCUAAUGACGACGACACCGUCGCCGACAUCAACACCAAAGGUGCCAGAAGCAGCAGCAGCAGAAGCGACGUCGCCGUCGCCUUUGCCGUCGCCGACAACCCAGCUGCAAGCAGCUUUGUCCAAUUCGCUGCGUAGCCUGGACACCAAGCUGUCAAAGAUGGGCGAGGAAGCUCAAACGCUCUACAAGCAACAGCAAGAGCAGCACAGCGCCUUCCUGCCCGAGUUUGAGCGGCAAAUGGAUGCCAUUAUGCUGGAGCAUCAGAUGCAGAAACAGUUGCUGGUCAACAUCAAGAGCGAGUACAAGGCGGCAGCAGCAACCAACGAAGUGCCAGCGGCGCAUCAGCCGGUUUCAGUGAUAACCAAACAGACGACAACGUCCAGUGAGAGCAGCGGCGAUAAAUAGUGUGGGAAUUCAAGAAUGCCAGUGUUGCGAAAUGCGAGAAGUUAACGCCCUUUGCCUUCGGAUUAGCUACAAAAUUUAUUUAUUUAGUCCACUUAGCUCAGUAUUCAGUGCACCGCUGAAGCUUUGACUCCCCAACCCCACCUUCCUCCCGCACCAACACGAUCCAAAAACAAAAAAAAAGAAAAAGAAAAACCACCCAUUUGAAGACCCAGUGCGAUCAGAGUACAAAAUCAUAUAUUCUUUUAAGCGAACAUCUACUCAUUAAAAUUUAGCAGGUUUUAACUUUUGCAAACUACGAAAAAAAAAAA